UGACUAAAAUCAAUUAGUGUAGGAUCAGCAAAAAGGCCACUACUUUUUCUCCCUCUCUUCAUCUUCUUUUCCACUCUUUACCAUGGCUUCAAGCGGAGCUGAAGAAAUAGUUCAUGAUUUUCCAUCCAUCAUUCGAGUUUACAGAGAUGGCAGAGUAGAACGACUCCGAGGCACCGAUAUUGUCCCUCCCUCAACCAAUCACGACACCGGUGUCCAAUCCAAAGACGUGGUAAUCGAUCCAGAGACUGGCUUAUCUGCCAGGCUCUACCUCCCCAACAACAACCCACAUCACAACAAGCUUCCUUUUCUUGUCUACUUCCAUGCCGGUGGCUUUUGCAUUGAAACCGCUUUCUCUUCUACAUACCAUAACUAUCUCAAUUCACUUGUGGCUAAAGCCAAAGUUGUUGUGGUCUCUGUCGAUUACAGAAGAGCCCCCGAGCACCCUCUCCCAAUCGCCUACGAUGAUUCUUGGGCCGCUGUCAAGUGGGUUGCUUCUCACUCCUCUGGGGGUGGUGGUGAGGUAUGGCUAAAAGAUUAUGUUGAUUUUGAUCGCAUGUUCUUUGCAGGGCAUAGUGCAGGUGCUAACAUAGCACACAACAUGGGCAUUCGGGUAGGGUCGGAUGGACCGGAUGGAGUGAAGCUUGUUGGGAUGGUUUUAAUACAUCCAUAUUUUGGAGGGAAGGACCCGAUUGGUGGUGAAAAAACUAACAUGGGUAGAAAAGCGGUUUGCGACAAAUUUUGGGGUUUUGUGAACCCGUCGGCUGAGGACGGGUGUGAUGACCCGUUAUUCAACCCGGCUAAGGAUCCGAAAUUGUCGAGCCUGGGUUGCAAUAAGUUGUUGGUAUGUGUAGGUGAGAAAGAUUUGCUGAAGGAAAGAGGGUGUUACUACAAGGAGGAAUUGGAGAAGAGUGGGUGGGGAGGGGUGGUGGAGAUUGUGGAGUCUGCAGGGGAGGACCAUGUAUUUCACUUGUUUAACCCGACUUGUGACAGUGCUUUGGCUAUGCUGGACCGAGUGGCUUCUUUCUUGAAUCAGGACAAGUAAUGAUGAACGUAGUCAUUUGCUUGCAGCUUUUUUUUUUUAAUAAAUUGCAUCAU